UGGGAGUCCCAGUUCCUCUCCUUAACCACCGGACAAACGUCUCUGGAGUCUCUCCAAUGAGGAAGAAAGCAAGUCGGGGGUAGGGGAGGGGCCUCACACCAGGUGGUGGGCUCAGUCCUUCCUCCAGCUCCUUCACCCUCCAGUAGUCCCGUGGGUCCACGCGCGCCAGCGCGGGAACCGGGAAAAGGAAGCCGCGUUGUGUACGUAAGAUCCAGGAAACGAAACCAGGAGCCGCGGGUGUUGGCGCAAAGGUUACUCCCAGACCCUUUUCCGGCUGACUUCUGAGAAGGUUGCGCAGCAGCUGUGCCCGGCAGUCUAUAGGCGCAGAAGAGGAAGCCAUCGCCGGGCCCCGGCUGUCUGGACCUUGUCUCGCUCGGGAGCCGAAACAGCGGCAGCCAGAGGACCACAUAAACCCAUUUUGAAUUAUUCAACCAUUGCUGAACUUCUUGAGCUGGAAUGCAGUGAUGACAUCAUACUUCAUUACGGCCUCAAUAUCCCAGGCUCAAGCAAUCCUCCCACCUCAACCUCCCGAGUAGCUGGGACUACAGGCGCAUGCCACCAUGCUUGGCUAAUUUUUUUUUGGUAAAGACAAUGUCUCUCCAUGUUGCCCAGGCUGAUCUCAAACUUCUGAACUCAAGUGAUCCUCCUGCCUCAGCUUCCCAAAAUACUGGUGUUAUAGGCAUGAGCCACCACCCCUGGCCAAAAAUAAUUCUGAAACAGCAAGGAGGAAGGCGGUUUCUUCUUGGGAAGUCUAGAUUUUAGUUGAGCAUGUAGAGGGAUCAGUUGACUUACUAACCACUUAGGAUUGCACGGCUUUAGAAUGUGUUCACCAUGAUGAGCUGACCAACAAUUUCUAAAUUCCUACUCAGAAACACAGCAAGGGGAAUGCAGUCAAGCACAAAGGGCUUAAAUGACCAGAACUGUUUUAAUCAUGGACAAACAAAACCCACAGAUGAAUGCUUCUCACCCAGAAACAAACUUGCCAGUUGGGUAUCCUCCUCAGUAUCCACCCACAGCAUUCCAAGGACCUCCAGGAUAUAAUGGCUACCCUGGGCCCCAGGUCGGCUACCCACCCCCACCAGCCGGCCAUUCAGGUCCUGGCCCAGCUGGCUUUCCUGUCCCAAAUCAGCCAGUGUAUAAUCAGCCAGUAUAUAAUCAGCCAGGUGGAGCUGCAGGGGUACCAUGGAUGCCAGCACCACCGCCUCCAUCAAACUGUCCACCUGGAUUAGAAUAUUUAAGUCAGAUAGAUCAGAUACUGAUUCAUCAGCAAAUUGAACUUCUGGAAGUUUUAACAGGUUUUGAAACUAAUAACAAAUAUGAAAUUAAGAACAGCUUUGGACAGAGGGUUUACUUUGCAGUGGAAGAUACUGAUUGCUGUACCCGAAAUUGCUGUGGGCCAUCUAGACCUUUUACCUUGAGGAUUAUUGAUAAUAUGGGUCAAGAAGUCAUAACUCUGGAGAGACCGCUAAGAUGUAGCAGCUGUUGUUGUCCCUGCUGCCUUCAGGAGAUAGAAAUCCAAUCUCCUCCUGGUGUACCAAUAGGUUAUGUUAUUCAGACCUGGCACCCAUGUCUACCAAAGUUUACAAUUCAAAAUGAGAAAAGAGACGAUGUACUAAAAAUAAGUGGUCCAUGUGUCGUGUGCAGCUGUUGUGGAGAUGUUGAUUUUGAGAUUAAAUCUCUUGAUGAACAGUGUGUGGUUGGCAAAAUUUCCAAGCACUGGACUGGAAUUUUGAGAGAGGCAUUUACAGACGCUGAUAACUUUGGAAUCCAGUUCCCUUUAGACCUUGAUGUUAAAAUGAAAGCUGUAAUGCUUGGUGCCUGUUUCCUCAUUGACUUCAUGUUCUUUGAAAGCACUGGCAGCCAGGAACAAAGAUCAGGAGUGUGGUAGUGGAUUAGUGAAAGUCUCCUCAGGAAAUCUGAAGUCUGUAUAUUGAUUGAGACUAUCUAAACUCAUACCUGUAUGAAUUAAGCUGUAAUGCCUGUAGCUCUGGUUGUAUACUUUUGCUUUUCAAAUUAUAGUUUAUCUUCUGUAUAACUGAUUUAUAAAGGUUUUUGUACAUUUUUUAAUACUGUGAAUUUGAGAAAAAAGGACAUACGAGUUUUUGCAUUUAUUAAUGAAACUUCCUAUGAAAAACUGCUUUGAAUUCUGAUCUCUGAUUCAUUGUCCAUUUUACUACCAAAUAUUAACUAAGGCCUUAUUAAUUUUUAUAUAAAUUAUAUUUUGUCCUAUUAAAUCUAGUUAGUUUAUUUCAUGCAUAAGAGCUAAUGUUAUUUUGCAAAUGCCAUAUAUUCAAAAAAGUUCAAAGAUAAUUUUCUUUACUAUUAUGUUCAAAUAAUAUUCAAUAUGCAUAUUAUCUUUGAAAAGUUAAAUUUUUUUUAAUCUUCAAGAAAUCAUGCUACACUUAACUUCUCCUAGAAGCUAAUCUAUACCAUAAUAUUUUCAUAUUCACAAGAUAUUAAAUUACCAAUUUUUAAAUUAUUGUUAGUAAAGAACAAAAUGAUUCUCUCCCAAAGAAAGACACAUUUUAAAUACUCCUUCACUCUAAAACUCUGGUGUUAUUACAACUUUUGAAAGUUAAUAUUUCUACAUGAAAUGUUUAGCUCUUAUACUCUAUCCCUCCUAGAAAAUGGUAAUUGAGAUUACUCAGAUGUUAAUUAAAUAUAAUAUUAUAUAUAUAUUCACAGAUUAUAAACCUAAAUAAUAAUCUAUUAGAUUCAAAUAUUUGAAAUAAAAGCUUGAUUUUUUUGUA